AUGACAACAAACCUGGUCACUUCGAUGACCGAUCUUCUAGAUAGAACUCAGCGGAGGCAAAUACACGACGCUAUUAGUGCCUUGGCAGCCGUCUUAGCACCAGACAAAGACCCCGUGGAGGGCAUUACUAGAGGGCAUGACGAAGCCUCCGCAGUAGGCGAAAUCGCUAGCAUGCUUCUCGGACUCGCUUGCUUUUCGAUCUGGAUUCCUUCACAGCUUGUCCGCUUCUUGCAUUCCGCUGCAACGAAGAAGAAUCUUUUCUUCCGUUGUAAGCAUAAUCAGGGGCGCUGGAGCUUCUCAUUUCUCGUUAAGGGGCCUGAGCAGACCAAGGUUACACUGGACAGAUCCCCCUGUAACGUUGAUCUGCAGCGUAGGACGCACUAUGUGCAGACCCAGUUUGUUGAGGUUUUCAAAACAGACACACGGAUCUCCACUGGUCUACUAGCCGUGCUCUGGCCUGGACUUGCAGCAGAGUAUAGGCCGAUAUACAUUGAGCGAGAGAUUCCGGCUCCAGUGCAGAAGGCCACAUACGCACUAAUCCCUUCUCAGGACGGUAUUUCUGCGUCAUCAUGCAUAUUUGGAAACGCAUGGGCCAGUAGCACAAGCAGAAACAAGCUUGCCAUAACAGAGUCAUACAUCUACUCAACAAAGCAUCAGUCAGUACGGAAGCAGGUCCUUGCUGCUGCUCUUGACAUCUAUGACAGCGCCAAUAAUGCAUACAUAAAUGAAGUAACUGGAAAGGAACUUGUAGAGCUCUAUCGAAAACGUAAGCUUCAGCUGGAAUCCUAUCAGCUGUCAAAGCAAGGGGAGGUUGGAAAAGAACACGCGCUUUCUGAGCUAUACAGCAGUAGCCUGGCUCUUCGCAAUCCAUACUAUCACUUCUCCUUUAACGUAGUCCCUUCUGCCUAUGACUUUCCCGCUAUCUGCGACCGCAUCAAUUCGCUGAGCCUCAAGCCUGUGACGAUACAUCACACGUCUGGGCAGAUCAAGCGUUUUGAUACCUUCGACAAUGUGCGAAUUUACAUGUACUCUUUACGAGAUACAAUGGAGAGGGCUUCAGAAAAUGUCACGCCCCAACCCCGGGAAUCGUUGGCCAGCACGCGGAACAAUUCUGGAACAGAAACUGCAUACGAGUACAGCCGAUACCCACAGAGGCAUCCUGCCCAUGAACCUAUCGUUCCUCAAGUAGCCCUAGAGACGAUUGUCCCCGACGGCAACGCAAUGGAAGCGGCAGUAUUCCGCAUGACUAAUAACCGCCCCAAGAGACCAGAGUCUGCAGGAGAAUAUAAUAAGCGGACGUCUGGAGACGGGGCAAAUAGAAGUAGAGAUAGGGACUUGCACACCUCAGAACUAAUAGGGGUCAAUCUCCCCCGAAAGCGACCAAAAUCGACAGAAACAAAACGCAAUUCCCGUACCACUAGUAAAAAGAUGCAGCAAGUCGAAGAAGCCCGGCCUAACAGGACAGGGCCCCCAGACACAGCGCACGAUAAUAACUUUAAAUUGUCUAGGCCAGAUACACUUGUUCAAACACCAGGAACAGGGGCCCAUCCUAAUCAGCAUAGCAAAAGCUCCAUAAACAAACACCACUGCGGGUAUACACAGUCGAUUCAGCAUGUGGACCGGUUUUUGUCAUUCAUGUCUGCGACUGCUCAGUGUGUUGUAACUGUGGAGAAUGAACAGAAAAGAAACGUCCUCAUGCGGGCCAUCUCUAAAAGUGUCCAAGGCCUACUAGCAGAAAACGAUGUUGACACCUUUGAGCUGUUUGGGUUUGACUCUACGCAUGCAAACAUAAACACCAUUCAAGACCUAUGA